UGACAUUUCUGAUAUACAAUUGUCAAAAUUGCUUCCAAGUGAAAGCUACUCUGGUUUAUCGCAUUUUAUUCCAACGUUGUGCUAAGUUGUUAAACAGUUUUUUCUAUUAACUCUUAAUAAAUAAAAAUCAUAAUGUCACGUAAUUUAUUCGCCUUAUUCUUGGUGUGCCUCUGCACUGGUGCCGCUUUCGCCAGCACCUGCACAAGCCCCAAAGUGAGUGUGACAUCCUUCAGCACUCAGGAUGCUACAAUUCUUACACAAGUGGCGCAUGUUGGUGAAUUCUCAUUGAGCUGUGGCAACAGCGCUGAACCCAACUUGUUCGCUGAAUUCCCCUGUGGAAAAAUUGUACCAGUUGCCAAGAUUGGCGAUGGCAAAUACCAAGUAAGCUGGACACAGGAGAUCAAGAAAAGCGGCGGUGGCAAUGUUGCUGUACGUCUAUUCGAUGAGGAAGGUUAUGCCAACGUACGUAAGGCACAACGUGAUGGCGACAAAGUUGCUAAUGUGAAAUCGCUUGUUGAUAUCACUGUAGCUACAAAGAGUGCUUACAAGGGCCCAUGGGUGCAGGCUGAGUUGGUAGCCGCUUUGGCUGUUGGUGGUAUUGCUUACUUUGCCUUCACCGCCAAGAGCAAAGUGCAAGGUUAGGAUUAAAGCUGCUGCGAAAUGAGCGAUUCAAUCUCGCUUAGUGAGAUUUGUAGACUUUGAAUGAAAUUCAUUCAACAUUUUGGUGUGUAAAACUUUCCAACUAGAGAUUAAAUGUGGAUUACUUUUUUAUAACAACGAGUAGUCUAUCUUAUUUUCAUACAUGCUGUAAAAAGCUAGCUGCAAUUAUUAGUUGUCUAUGAAGAAGUGUGAAAAUAAACGAAAAAAAAAAUUAA